AAAUAAAUGAUAAAACACUUUAAGAAAUAUCGACUCACAAAAAUUAAUAUUCCAAAAAAGUAGUACUGUUACAAGUUUACAGCGUAAAACGCCAACUUAUUGCAACCACUAGUUAGCUGUACAGUAACUAAAACAAAAAAAAAAAAUAGUUUUUGGGAAAAUACACCAAAACUUACGAGUAUUUCAACAACGCAAAUUGUAUUGUUGCUAUUUUGUCGGAUAAAAUUUAAUAUUUUUACCUUUUUUAUGUUUCUGUGAAGUGUGAAAUAUCAAGAACAACAAGCAAAUAGUGCAGUUACUAAGUAUUAAAACAGCAACAAGCACAACAACAAUACGCAAACUCAUGAAAUUUUAAUGACACCAAGAACUAUUGUUCAAACAAAAACGGCGAAAAGCAUAAGCCAACUCUACCAACAACAAAAACAACAAAACGAAAAAUAGCAGAGGCGUAAAACAAAAGGCCUGAAAGGAGAAGGCGUGUUGUGUUUUACAACAAACAAACAAAUAAAUACAAUAAAAAUUAAAACAAAAACAAAAAGGGCCAAUAGAAAUUCCCAAGCAGUUGUGUGUGUGUGUGUAUGUGUGCGUGGCAGUAUAUGUUUUUACGUCUAUGCAUGUCAAAAACUUGUUAAUUUGUGCAUCGUAAAUCAUUUCGAAACGUCCAAAGUCACAAUAUUGUCAUCAACAACAACAGCGACACACUAAUAACUGUGUACAGUGGGUGGUGACACACACAGGCAGUCGUCAGUCGCGCAGCAGCAGUAGUCGUCAGUCAUACAGUGACGCGCGCGCUCGCACAUACUAAGGUACCUUCAUAGUGACGACGACGACGACGACGCAGACAAUGCAAACGACCACAUCAACUGCAGGCGUGUAAAUUUUUUGUUGUUUUGUAUCUAUCUGCAGCUAUUAUCAACGCCCUACCUACACGCCCAACAACAGCUACACACCUACAACUACAUAAAUUAGCUACCAAUUACCUGAAAAGUCGAAAGGCAAUUCAAGCGUACUCACUCAACCUACUACCUGUCAGCCUCGCAGCAUACUGUUUACGGUCUUCUCCUACCUUUACGCGUUAAAUUUCCGUCCUCCGUCCAACUAGGCCUCCCGCAGCAGCAAGCACAUUGCGAGCAUUUACUAGCCAAAUUAGUACGAAUUAUUGUUUUCCAUCCUGCUGCGGCAUUCACGUUUUCUUACGUUUCUUCCUGUGAAACGCACGCGCGCACGCUUAGUUGCAAGCGCAUUUCGUUUCACUGUCACACUGCGCUUCAUCAUUGUUGCUCCGCGCGCCUAGCGUUGGUGGUAGCAACAACCUGCGCGCAGAUCUUCUACAAGCGUAACGCGCCAAUUCGUUUUGCUGCGCUCGUUUAGAAAUUUUUGCAUAUCUACUCCCUUUAAAUGUGUUGCGUGCGCUGGACGCGUUCAACAGCAACAGUGCAAGAGUAGAGUGCGUGAAAAAUGUUAUUAAAAAUGGAACAGCAACAAGCAACAGCGUCGUUUAUAUCGUCGCUUAAUAUGUCACCAUUCACCAUGCAGCUGGAUCCACAACAGCCGUCCAGUCCAGCUUUGGGCUGCACGGGCGGUCCCAAUAGUGGGCAAACAAGCGCCAAUUCCAGCGCCGCCUCCAAUCGUGGCAGCGGUGGCAAUGCAGAUGCAACAGCGCUUAAUAGCGCCGAAGCUGAUUAUAGCGCUUAUGCGCUCCACUUGAGCGCUGGCAGUGGCGGUAAUACGGCGGGCAGUGGCAAUAAUGAUGGCGUUGCGGGCAAUACGGGCAACGCACAUCAUCAACAUCAUCAUCACCAGCAACAGCAGCAGCAGCAGCAGCAACAACAACAACAACAGCAGCAGCAGCAUUAUCAGCAACAUUAUCAAACACAGCAACCGCAGCAGCAGCAGCAGCAGCAACAACUGCAGCAGCAACAACAACAACAACAACAACAGAAUAUUGCCAACAAUCCCAACUUUUCAUAUUCGUAUAUAUAUAAUUUUGAUUCACAAUACGUAUUUCCGACAGGUUAUCAAGACAAUACGUCAUCACAUUCGCAACAGAGCGUUAGCGGCGGCGGUGGCGGUGGUGGCCCGGGCUCUGGCGGUGGUGGUAGUAGCGCCAGUAGUAAUGUCACCAAUGUUGUACUACUCAAUGGCAGUAAUCCAAAUGCUGCUGGUGGUUAUAUGACACUCCUGCCACCGGCCACCUCGAGUGGUCAAAUGGGCAUAUCGGCGGGCGGCACAAGCGCUAGCGCUGGUGGUGGCUCCGGUGAGGGUAUUGAUUUCAAGCAUCUCUUCGAAGAGUUGUGCCCCGUUUGCGGUGAUAAGGUGAGCGGCUAUCACUAUGGGCUGCUGACGUGUGAGUCUUGCAAAGGUUUCUUCAAGCGUACCGUGCAAAAUAAAAAAGUAUACACAUGCGUCGCUGAGCGUUCCUGUCACAUCGAUAAGACGCAACGGAAGCGUUGCCCCUACUGUAGAUUCCAGAAAUGUCUCGAAGUGGGCAUGAAACUUGAAGCCGUGAGAGCGGAUCGAAUGCGCGGGGGUCGCAACAAAUUCGGACCUAUGUACAAACGCGAUCGGGCGCGAAAACUACAAAUGAUGCGUCAACGACAACUCGCCUUGCAAGCGCUACGCACAUCCAUUGGCUCGGUUGAGAUGAAGUCGUCGCCACUCUCGCCUGGUUACCAACAAGCAUAUCCAAAUAUGAAUAUAAAACAAGAAAUACAAAUACCUCAGGUGUCCUCUCUCACACAAUCACCAGAUUCAUCGCCCAGUCCCAUUGCGAUUGCGCUCGGGCAGGUCAAUACAAGCGGCGGUGUGAUAUCAACGCCCAUGAAUGGUGGUGGCGGUGGUGGUAGCGCUGGUGGUGGUGGUGGUGGCGGCGGCGGUAAUGGCAAUGGUGGCAACACCGGCGCCAAUAAUAGCAGCAGCAAUAACGCCAGCGAUGGACUCAACCGCGGUGGCAGUGGCAAUUGCCACGACACUGGAACUGGAUCUCUGCAGAAUGCGUCCGACGCGAAAAUGUGCUUCGACACCGGUACGCAUCCUUCAAGCACUGCUGACUCCAUCAUCGAGCCACUUAGGGUGUCGCCAAUGAUACGCGACUUCGUGCAAUCGAUAGACGAUCGGGAAUGGCAGACACAACUCUUUGCGUUGCUACAAAAACAAACCUACAAUCAAGUGGAAGUUGAUCUCUUCGAGCUGAUGUGCAAAGUGUUGGAUCAGAAUCUGUUCUCACAAGUGGAUUGGGCUAGAAACACUGUCUUCUUUAAGGAUCUUAAGGUUGAUGAUCAAAUGAAAUUGCUGCAGCAUUCCUGGUCAGAUAUGCUUGUGCUGGAUCAUUUGCAUCAGCGAAUACACAAUGGCCUACCCGAUGAAACGCAAUUGAAUAACGGUCAAGUAUUCAAUCUACUUUGGCUGGGUCUGCUGGGUGUACCGCAAUUGUCCGACUAUUUUAAUGAGCUGCAAAAUCGAUUGCAAGAUCUUAAAUUCGAUAUGGGCGAUUAUGUUUGUAUGAAAUUCCUAAUACUACUCAAUCCAGACGUGCGUGGCAUUGUCAACAAGAAGACCGUUUUGGAGGGGCAAGAGAAUGUGCAAGCAGCGCUACUGGAUUACACGCUCACCUGUUAUCCAUCAGUGACGGAUAAAUUUCGGAGGCUGCUCAGCAUACUUCCCGAUAUUCAUGCGAUGGCCUCGCGUGGCGAAGACCAUCUCUAUUCGAAACACUGCGCUGGCAGUGCACCCACACAGACGCUACUCAUGGAAAUGCUGCAUGCAAAACGAAAAGCAUAAAUACAAAAAGGGCUAUGAAAUGUUUGUACAUAUUUUUGUAUGUGUGUUGGAACACGUGAAAGCAGGCGCGUGUAAAAUGUGACGAAAGCGCUUCAAAUGCGGCAGGAGACGAUAUAGAUUGGCUUUUUAUCAAAUGACGCUGAAAUAAUCCAGGGUUGGCUUUUAGAUAAAACAAAGUAAUAAGAAAACAAUAAAUAAACAAAAAAAUUGGGAAGUUAAGAUAAAAGUAUAUAAUAUAAAUAUAUAUAUAUAUAUAUAUAUUUACAUUAAAAAGGUAAUUCGUAGCACUUGGAUUUUACGUUAUCACCAUUCACACUUGCAAUUUAACUGCAGAAUGUAAAAACGAAACGUAGAAAAUGACGAGCGCGUUGAUAUGUAUGUUUAAGGUUAGGCAGUUUAGGCAGAGCAAAGAUAAAUAAUAUAUUUUUAAAAUGGAUAUAUAUGUAUAUUGAUAUAGCUUAAGCGUUUAUUCAUAUUAUUAUAUUAAA